AAAAAUUCUUAUACAAAUAUGAAAAGUGAUCAAAGGGAAAAAAUGUCAGGUUGGUUUGAUGAUGGCUUUUCUAGAAUGACAGAAUCAGAAUGGUCACCAACUGUGAGAGAAGAGUCAAGGUCACAUUCAAGAAAAAUGGCUGCAGAAAGGUCCAGGCCAAUUCAAACUGCAGCAUUAGAAGCGAGGGCGCACAAAAACAAAAGAACACAUCCAAGUUCUGGAACAGAUCCAGGGUCACUCACUUAAACCUCAGGAUGGCAGUCCGAGCCAGCCAAUCAUAUGUGAGAAUAUGCCAGAUAGCACAGCCCCACAAAGUCAGAUAGAGCAGGUAGAAGGGGACGAAGAGUUAGCCAAAAAGUUACAGGAGCAAAUGGACAUGGAGUUUGCCAUGUCCCUCCAGAACCUGGAGAACCAGCCGCCAGUGUUUGGUGCAGGGGCUUUCCCACACCAUGAUGUGGCCUCACCCAACCCUGCUGUUGCCUACAAUAGGGGUCCCAUGGCUGUGGGGCAGGGGAGGUGGGCCACCACACAGAGGGGCCGGACAACAUCACGCUAUCCUGAUUUAGAUGAGGUAGAGGCUUUACUUCGUGACCUUGAUGAACCUGAGGAACGAUUACUUCAGCAUUCCCCACAGGGUCGACCAAUGACACGUAAUGGGGCUUGGACGCAACAAACAGGUCAACAUUUUCUGGAAGACAUUGCUCAUCUCAACAGCAGCCUGUUGUCAAUGUUAGAGGGAGGCAGUCCAUUUAUUGGCCAACCUGUAGCACGACACUCACGGUCUCGGCGAAGAGGACAGAGACGAAACACCAACCCACGUGGAUUAGAUAUUGGCAGUCCAGCAGAUGGCAAUGACUAUGAGGAUCUGUUAAAUCUAGCAGAAAUGCUGGGUGAUGUAAAGAACAAGGGUUUGACUGAGGCACAGAGCUCCAGGCUUCCUGUACGUACAUACCAGGCUAACGGUGACAAACAGGAUUCCGAAGACUGUCUCAUCUGCAUGUGCGAGUAUGACCAGGGUGACAGACUGAAAAUGCUUCCAUGUUUCCAUGAGUUCCAUUCCCAGUGUAUCGAUAAGUGGAUCAUGGGAAAUGCCAGCUGCCCAGUUUGUCGCGUAGAAGUCAAAUUAACAUAAAACAGUUAUUGAUGGACACAUAAUAGACAAAGUUUAGUGGAUCUGAGGUACUGAAUGAAGAAGAAAGACAUUGAGGAAUGAUCAUGAAGUGCUAUGAAUCUCUGUUUAGUUGUUAGAAGGAAUGUUCCUAGUGGACAUUUAUCUUCUCUCUACCAGAAAGAUAAUUGUUGCCAUGCACAAUGAGAUAAUCCUGGUUGUUGAAUGACUAAUACUAUUGACUGAUUCGCUGGGAUUGUUACAUAAAAUUCUCACAUGUUGCUGGUAUUAGAUAUAAUGUUUGAACAAUUUUCUAUCUUGGUAUGACAUUUUCUUGUGUGAUCUGAACUUUGUGAGUGAACAAUAUCUCCCACUGUUUGGGCCUUUAUGUUGGAAAGCUUACUUCACUUUGCCAUGGACAUUAAAUUAAAGAUUUAUAUUUAUGGUGACUUGUGUAAAAAUAAGGAAUUUGAUCUGUACGGAACUAUUAAUACCAAAUUUAAACCAUUAAUAUUCAUAUUUAUUAUGUACAAGAGUAUCAAAUUCAGAUUUGCCUCUUAGAGGACAACUUUCAAAUUAAAGUGCAAUGUUUAUUACUUGAAAUAAUUAACAAAAAACAGAUAACAAAAAAAAAUGCACACUUUUAUAAAUGAUACGGGUCUUUGGACCUCUUACUUUAAUGCAAUUUUGUGAUUCCUACCAGAUGUCUGUUGUAACAUAUUUAUUAUCAGUGUUUGUUUAGGAUUGGUAUUUUUAUACGAUAGUACACAUUUUAUCACUCUGUCUGUUGUAUGUUAGUACAGUACCUCUGUUGAGUAGUGUUUUAUGGCUGUGUUUGGCAGCACACGGAUGUGCCACUAGACUAGGAUUGUACCUCUGUAAUAAAAAUCGACAGUGGGUGGAGUUACCGAAACCCAAAGGUUGUACUCUCUCCCAACCAACUCUUAGGAAACUUCAUGGACAUGAUAUAUAGUAGCUUAGGUAGUUGUGCUCUUGUGAUUUUCCUUUCUUUGGACCCAUGACCCUUUAAUGAAAUUCUUUCCACAAAUUACAUGUGAAUUGACUGAAGUAUUUCUGGUGUUGAUUGAUGUAUAUACUACAGAGCUUUGAUACCUUCUCACAUGCAAUGCUACAUUGUAGAUAUUAAUCUGAUAAUUGUAUUGUUGGAAAUCUAUCUAGUUUAAAAUUCUGACACGUUUGAAAUUAAAUUCUUUUUAGCAAAAAUCUAUCGGCUGAAGCUUCUUAAAAGUAGAAAACAGAGUCACACAAAUUUGAAGAAAAAAACAACAACAUUUUCUUUUCUCAUUUUCUAAUAUUUAUUUGGAAUUAGGGAAUAAUAAAAUGGCUUGUGGCUAUUAUGUUGAGAUCUAUCCAUUCAGAUUUUUUUACUAAAAAUGUCUCCAUGAAACGAACAUAUACAUGUAUAAUAUAAUAAUUUGUAUGUAGAAUAACUCAUAGUUAUAGCUUAGAUGAUAUCCCUAUGUUGAUAUAUAUAUUUUUUUUAAUCCUUGUGUGCAAUAUCUACGUUAUUGAACCAUACAUAUCUAGUAGAACUCUGUAGUACAUGACAUGUGUUGUCUAAGCCAAUCUGAAGUUGCAGGAUAACAGGAGAACUUUUCAAGGUUAAUACAAAGAAGAUCAGAGUAUAUUAUUGAAAUAACUAGAAUUUGUUGUGCAAAGAUAUGUUUUAUGGUGUUGGAAGCAAUCGUGUCUAAAUGUAGUAUCCAUAUAUGUUGAAAUCUUCAGGACUUUUUGUUCUCCUAAUCAAUGCAUUUGUUAUGUUUUUUUUAUUGUUGGAUAUACAUGUACAACAUAAAAACUCAAUAGAAGAAAGAAAAAAUUGACUUUAGUAACCCAUUUAGGCGUCGAAAUACUACACUACCACCACAGCCUUCCAAAAGUGGACAAUUUAAUUUUGCAAUGGUAAACAAUCCAAACAUUUUUAUACAUGUAGUGAUACAUCAUACUUUAAUCGUGAGAAGAGUAAAGCGCUUCAUAUUAUAUGGCCAAAUCGGUAAUGUAAUUGGCUCUACAGUUUCAUCUGACAUCACCACACAAUCUAAUUCUCCCUGAUAACUUUUCAAAUGCCUUUAAAAGUCAUAAUUUUGUGUUUAAAUAAAGAGAAUAUUAUUUUGUAUGAAAUUGACAGGAAAUUGGCUUUCAUUUUAUUAUUUUAUAUUUUAUAAUUGCAUCAUUAUUACAAAUUAUAGGGUGACAUGGUAUUAUUAUAGACACACAUAAUGACAUUACACCGGCCGAUACAGCCAGGGGGUAAAACAGUAGGUGGUAUAAACAUACUAAAACUUAAUUCGGUCUCUGUACUGAUAAAGUGACAAUGUACUAGACACAGAGUAGUAUAACUGUGUGAAGCUGUCAUCAAUGAUUUAUUAAAGAUAAGUUAAUUUCAACACCUGGUUUUGACAUACAAAAUCAGGGUUUACAAAUUUAGAUGAGAACAAGAUGUUAGCUCCAAUAUCUGAUACAGAAAAUAAGAAUAUUUUGGUUGGAAAUAGAAGACAUUGUGAUCUAGCUUAUAGAUGGCUUAUGUUACACAUUGUGGUAUAUGAUGAUGAAUAUUUCUAAGCAAAAAUAUUUAUUUCAGUAGAAGUAAUACGUGAUCUGACAAAUCAGAAUGAAUAUGUAGAUUGAAUGUGUAUGUUGAUUACAUGUAUGAUUGGUAUGAGUGUGACCUUGUAUCUGAUCCUAGAUUGACUGUGAAUAAAAACUUGUGUACAAUAUAACUGAUAAUAAACCUGGUAUUUCAAA